AUGUACGAUUAUGAUUUUGAUAGAAAUGAUUCAGCUCUUCGUAUUAUUUCAGAGCGAGUAACAUCAGCUAAAAACAGAGUUGAUCAGCUAACAAAAUCAAAUCGAACUUUACGAGAAUACGUAAAUCAUUUGGAAUUAGAAGAACUGCAAACUCUUAAGAAUAUUCCUGAUUUCCCUUCAUCUCAGUCUAUCAUUUAUGCUAACGAUAAACAACGAAAACAAGUAAGUUUAUUAACAGAAACGAAUUUACUUGCUUCAAAACUGUUAGAUGAUCUUGAAGCAUUAAGAAAGCAGCGUACGUCACUCGAAAAGAAAGUUUAUUCAUCUCAAUACAAUGAUUCCCCCAUUAAAAAAUCUCCAAACAGAGUUAGAUUCGAUCAACAACAAAAUAAUGAAGUGCCUGAUACAGAAUACGAUACAUUGUCAUACUCAGAUUUGAGCCCAAGGAAUUCUCCUCAAUUCAACAAAAAGAAAUUACCGUUAUAUUCAAAUUCAGUUAAAAACAUUGUUAAAAGUAUUGACAACGGAUACAAAACUGUUGAAGAUAUCUUACGUGCACGCGAAGAAUCAAACAAAACGAGAUUAGAAAAUGAAAAUAGAGAACACGGUAAAUUCAUGAAAGAAAUGUCAGACAAGAUGAGCGAGUGUGAAGAAGAGAUCAAAAAGUUGUCAGAAGAAAUCAACAAAUUACAAAAAAAGUCAAAAAUAAAUAAUAUCGAAAUUAUUCAAGAUCUUGAAGAACAAAUUAGUCAGGAAGAAGAGAUAAUCGAAAACUACAAAAUAAAGAUCUCAUCAAGGAAAGAAACGGUAAAUAAUAGUAUUGAAAAAUUAGAAAAGGAAAGAGCUGAUAUAAUAGCACAGAUUAAUAACAUAGAUAGAAGAAUCGUAGCAAUACGCGGAGACACUGAUGUUCUUCAAUCAGAAAAGGUAAAUCUUGAAAUGAACCUUCAAAGCUUAAAUGCAAAACAACAUGUACAAGAAAUGAGAAUCAAGAGUGCUAAAAAGUUGCUUGGAAUUUAUGAUGUCUAUAUUGAAACCGUUCAUGAUACUUAUUCAGGAAAAAAAGACAGUAACAAUACCUAA